AUGAUUCAAGAUACAUUUGCAAAACAGCAAGCUGAAUCUAAAGCUAAGAUAGAAAAAUUAAAGGCUGAACUUCAAGCACAACAACCACAACAAGCAUUUUACAUAGUAGAUCAAAAGGAUAAUAAUAUAGAUCCACUUAUCCAAGAUCCAGAUUACCUUAAAUAUUUUGAGCAAGCAAAAGCCUAA